AUGUGGAACGAUCGAAAAGUCGGCAUUCUCGGUGGCGGUCAGCUUGGCCGCAUGCUGGUGGAGUCCUGCAAUCGUCUGAACAUCCAGGCAAAUGUUCUAGACGCGGAGAACUCCCCGGCCAAGCAGAUCAGCUUCCACGAUGGACAUGUGACGGGCUCUUUCAAGGAGCGCGAGGCUGUCCGUCAACUGGCCAAGUCUUGCGAUGUGAUGACCGCCGAAAUUGAACAUGUCGACACGUAUGCUCUCGAAGAGGUCGCCUCCGAAGUCCAAGUUGAACCCAGCUGGCAAGCCAUCCGAACCAUCCAGAACAAAUUCAACCAGAAAGAGCACCUGCGCCAGUAUGGAAUUCCGAUGGCGGAUCACCGCGAGCUGGUGAAGAACACACAGGAGGAAUUAGCGGAGAUUGGAGAACAAUUGGGCUACCCCAUGAUGUUGAAGUCCAAGACUAUGGCAUAUGACGGGCGUGGUAAUUUCCGCGUGAACUCAAAAGCCGACAUUCCUGAAGCUCUGGAAGCUCUCAAGGAUCGGCCGCUGUAUGCAGAGAAGUGGGCCUAUUUCAAGAUGGAGCUGGCGGUCAUGGUUAUCAAGACCAAGGACGAAGUUCUCUCUUACCCAACCGUGGAGACUGUGCAAGAGGACUCAAUAUGCAAACUGGUGUACGCACCAGCCCGGAAUGUGUCCAACAAGAUCAAUGAAGAAGCUCAAGCUCUCGCUCGCAAGGCUGUUGCUGCCUUCGAGGGCAAGGGCGCUUUCGGCGUCGAGAUGUUCCUGCUCGAAGAUGACAGCCUCAUGCUGUGUGAAAUCGCCAGCCGCAUCCAUAACUCUGGCCACUACACCAUCGAAGGCUGCGCGCUGUCUCAAUUCGAUAGCCACAUUCGCGCCAUCUUGGAUCUGCCCAUCCCCGCCAAGAGUCUUGAGAUCCGUCAGCCUUCCAUCAUGCUGAACAUUAUCGGAGGCUCCGCUCCCGACACCCACCUCAAGGCUGCCGAGGCCGCUCUUUCCAUUCCCAAUGCGGCGAUCCACCUCUACAGCAAGGGUGCCGCUAAGCCCGGUCGUAAGAUGGGCCACAUCACUGUCACCGCUGCCACCAUGCACGAGGCCGAGACCAUGAUUCAGCCGUUGAUUGAUGUUGUUGACAAUAUUCGUGCCCAGCGCACCGAUAUCAAGACCAAGGCUCAGCCCUCUGGCCCCUCGAAGCCUGCGCCUCAAGUGGCCGUCGUCAUGGGCUCUGACAGCGACCUCAAGACCUUGGUGCCUGGUCUUAAGCUCCUGGAAAGCUACUUUGGUAUUGUACCCGCCGUUGAGAUUACCUCUGCGCACCGCACACCCGACUACAUGGCCAAGUAUGCUGCUGAAGCUGCGUCUCGCGGGAUCAAGGUCAUCAUUGCCGCUGCCGGUGGUGCCGCUCAUCUGCCCGGUAUGGCAGCGGCACACACUGCCUUGCCUGUGAUCGGUGUCCCCGUCAAGGGAAGCUCGCUCGAUGGUGUGGACAGUCUCUAUAGCAUUGUUCAGAUGCCUCGUGGCGUCCCCGUUGCCACCGUGGGUAUCAACAACAGUAUCAAUGCCGCCCUCCUGGCUGCCCGCAUUGUUGGAGCUUUCGAUCCUUCCAUCCAGCAAAAGGUCGAGGCAUAUGCCGAGGAGGCUCGUGCCGAGAACAUGGAAAAGAAGGGAACCAAGUUGCGCGAGUUGGGAUGGGAGAAGUACUUUGAACAAAUGUAA